AUGGACGUCUACACGAAACACGGGCUGAGAGACACUUUGUUGGCGCUUCUCCUGGCUCUUCUGCGGGUGGUUCAUAUCGGUGAAUCAGCCCCAAAUCCAUCUCCGUUAGUGGGUUCCAACUGGGGAAACCCGAGGAGAUUCGUCCACCUGCAAACAUCCACGGACCUUAACAACUUCUAUUUGGAGAUUCGCGAGGACGGAUCAGUGCGUAAAAGCACCGUCAGAAGCGCAUGCAGUGUGAUUCUACUUAAGAGUGAUACAAGAGAGCGCAUUGCAAUCCUCGGCAUCAAAAGCAGUCGCUAUCUUUGUAUGGAUGCAGAGGGCACUCCAUACAGCUCUCCCAUUUGUCUGCGGGAGGAUUGUCUCUUCAACCACAGACUCCUAGAAAACAAUCGAGACGUGUACUGCUCGAGUAGGACCGGGAUAUUGUUCAAUCUGGAGGGGUCUAGGCAGGUGUUUUUCCCCGGACAGAACCUGCCCCAAACCUCGCUGUUUCUAUCCAGAAAGAACACGGUGCCUCUGGAGCGCCUGAUGCUGCACCGGGAGAAGAGGAACCAGCUGGUGGACCCCUCAGACCCCCACAGUGCGUAUGUGGUGCGCACGGAGGACGCUGCAGACUCGCGCGCAGUGCCGGAGCCAGAUGAUGUGGAGCUGGAGCUGGAGCUGGAGCUGGAGACUGAGGCUGGGGACGAUGGCCGUAACACUUCCCGUGAAACACCGGUGAACCCCAACGUACACGACCCAUGGAACGUGCUACACCCGGGCAGCUCCAGGAGCACGGGUAACCUGGGCUGA